AUUUCCAACAAAGUCAUAGGCGACCUUUUGAAACGCGUCGUUUCCGUCAAUCCUUUAUUUUCUUCUACGCCACUUACGUUCAGUCCGUCAGGACCGUUCGUUAUCUUUUGAGAUAAGGUCGUAUAUCGGAGCCUCGGAGUUGGAGGAUCGUCUUGAAUCCUGGUUACUUUUAUGGAUUUCCCACGUUAAUUCAAAAUGUCUUCCUCUGGGAUUGACAUUUCUCAGCUCUCUGAUAGCGAGAGGGCUGCUCUUGAAACCUACAUGGCGGUUACAAGCCAGGACGUAUCCGAAGCUAUUCCUCUGUUGCGCCGCUCGCAAUGGAAUGUGCAGAUUGCUGUCUCCAAAUUUUUCGAUGGCGAAGGUCCGGACCCCGUUGCAGAGGCUCGCGCUGCCCUCGAUAACCCUCCACCGGCACGGCCGACACGACAGACCCAGAACCUCAUGAGCGAGGACUUGUCUGCUGGGCGUUUCUCCCCGGUCGCGGAAGCAGCCCCACGAGUACAUACCCAACCAGAACAACAACCAGUCUACCGUCCUCCGUUCCUACUGGCUCUACUGUUCGCCCCGUUUAACCUCAUUUACCGGUUACUCACCAGCUCCUUCCGUCUCUUCGGAACGUUGUUUCCAUUCCUCCCACGAUUCUUCAACCUCACCGCGAACCCUGCUCUUCAGGGAGCUCGACGGAACACUACAGGUCGCAGGGCUUUGAGUCCACAGGACACGGCGGCUCGAUUCAUCCGGGAAUUUGAGGAAGAGUACGGUACUCACUCCGUGAGCUUCUUGGAGCAUGGAUAUAACAUGGCAUUGGAGAAGGCUCAUCGGGACUUGAAAUUCCUGCUUGUGGUUCUUUUGUCUCCAGAGCAUGAUGAUACAAGCAGCUGGGUACGGGACACGCUCCUUUCACGCGAGGUGACGGAUUUCAUCAAUGAUCCACAGAACGGGAUCAUUGUUUGGGGAGGCAAUGUGCUGGAUUCUGAGGCAUACCAAGUCAGCCAUUCUUUGCGUUGUACCAAGUUCCCGUUUGCUACGCUGGUUGUCCAUACGCCCAACGUUUCUUCAAGCGCCAUGUCCGUUGUCUCUAGAAUCUCGGGGACAUCGUCACCGUCUGAGUUCGUGGAGAAGCUACGAACGGCCAUUUCGCAACACAGAGAGCCCCUGGAACAGACCAGGUCCACUCGUUCUGAACAACAAGCUUCACGUAGCCUUCGAGAAGAGCAGGACUCGGCGUACGAACGUUCGUUGGCCAUUGACCGGGAACGGGCUCGACAACGGCGGGAAGCAGAGGCGGAACAACGCCGUCAAGAGCAAGAAGCAGCGGAACGACAAGAGAAAGAGGAGAAGCUACGUCGUGAUCACCAGCAAUGGAAACGUUGGCGAGCACAGUCAAUCCAGAAUGAGCCUGGCGCUGACUUCAAAGAAACCGUGCGCAUCAGUGUUCGACUUACAUCGGGUGAACGGGUAAUCCGCAGGUUUUCACCUGAGCUGGACAUUGAAGAGCUCUACGCUUUUGUGGAGUGCUAUGAUGUCUUGCAGGAUGCAGAGCAGAUGGCUACGGGUGGCGAGAAACCGGAAGGGUUCGAGCAUAAAUACGGAUUCCAGCUGGUAUCUCCUAUGCCUCGAACUGUUUAUGAGAUUGAAGCUGGAGGCUCGAUUCGGGACAAGAUUGGUCGCGGCGGCAACUUGCUGGUGGAAACUAUUGACCACGAUGACAAUGAGAGCGACGGUGAACGAGAAGAGGCAUAGUCAUAGAUUUACAUGGGAUGGACCACUGUACAAUCCACAGAUGGGGUUUAGGCCAAUAGCAUGAUUAUGAACUAAUCCCGUGCUCUACAAGCUGGAACUGGAUCUCUACGAGUUACGAACCAUGCCAUUAUCAGUAUGAACAGGUUAGAAACCGGAUCGAGAUCUUUACAUUAGUAGUAAUAUCACUAUGAAGUACGGGCAACAACGCUGUUCUUUGAACUGUUCUCAUAACUAAUGCUGUACAUAUCUUACCUGAGAUGCGAUUAAUGUGACCAUACUAUUAUGUACAC